AUAUGAUUGAAGAAGUAGAGAGAGAUCCAUCGGAGAAGAAGAAGACAGAGAGAGAGAGUCAGAUUGAGAAACAAUGACUUCAAGGUACUGGGUGGUGUCUCUACCAGUGAAGGACUCUUCUUCCACCUCGUGGAAUCGUCUUCAAGAGCAGAUCUCCAAGCAUUCCUUUGAUACUCCUCUUUAUCGGUUCAACAUCCCUAAUCUUCGUGUUGGAACCUUAGAUUCUCUUCUCGCCCUCGGCGAUGAUCUGCUCAAGUCGAAUAGCUUUGUGGAAGGAGUUUCUCAGAAGAUCAGGAGACAGAUCGAGGAGCUGGAGAGGAUUUCUGGUGUUGAGAGCAAUGCUCUUACUGUUGAUGGAGUUCCUGUUGAUUCUUAUCUCACCAGGUUUGUGUGGGAUGAAGCUAAGUACCCAACAAUGUCACCUUUGAAGGAGGUUGUGGAGAAUAUUCAGUCUCAGGUAGCCAAGAUUGAGGAUGAUCUCAAGGUUCGUGUCGCUGAGUAUAACAAUGUCCGCGGUCAACUCAAUGCCAUUAACCGAAAGCAGAGUGGGAGCUUAGCUGUUCGUGACCUCUCAAACUUGGUUAAGGCAGAAGAUAUUGUCGCGUCAGAGCAUCUCGUGACUCUCCUUGCUGUUGUUCCAAAGUACUCCCAGAAAGACUGGCUAGCAUGUUAUGAGACAUUAACCGAAUAUGUGGUUCCUAGGUCCUCGAAGAAAUUGUUUGAGGAUAAUGAGUAUGCUCUUUACACCGUCACUCUCUUUACUCGUGUUGCAGACAAUUACAGGACAAGUGCCCGUGAGAAAGGGUUCCAAAUCCGUGAUUUUGAACAUAGCGUUGAAGCACAAGAGACUCGUAAACAAGAGCUAGAAAAGUUGGUUCAGGAUCAGGAAAGUUUGAGAACCUCUCUUUUGCAAUGGUGCUACACCAGCUAUGGAGAGGUUUUCAGCUCCUGGAUGCAUUUCUGUGCUGUGCGCAUAUUCGCUGAGAGCAUUAUGAGAUAUGGUUUACCUCCUGCGUUCUUGGCUUGCGUCUUGUCUCCGGCUGUGAAGAGUGAAAAGAAAGUGCGCUCCAUCCUUGAACGCUUGUGUGAUUCUACCAACAGUUUAUACUGGAAAAGCGAGGAGGAUGGAGGAGCAGCCAUGGCUGGUUUAGCAGGUGACUCAGAGACACAUCCUUAUGUCUCCUUCACGAUCAACCUUGCUUGAAAUUGAUGAGAGAUUGGUUUGAUGCUUCUUCUCCAUCUCACUCUCCAUCUGUUAUGUUUGUUUGUGUUCUAUAUAUUUCAUUUUUUAUUUUUCGUAAUAUAUUUUGAAAAUAAAGAAGGAAAUAUCAAGGUGGCACUCAAGAUACUGUAAUUUUAUUUUGGCCGGAGUCUUUAGAUUCCGGUGAGUUUCUGUUACUUGUGGAGGAGAAGAUGUUAUACAGUUUGUUACCUUCUUGAAUAAUAAUAUUUUCCUAUUUCA